AUGAAGUUCACAAAACCUGCUUGGGUUAUGCACAAGGAUAGUUCCAAAACCGACCACGACACGAAGCGCCUCUCCAUAUUUUCUGUUCAUGUUCAUCCCGAUGGUUCGCGCAUAGCGACAGGAGGGUUAGAUGCCAAAAUUCGUAUCUGGAGCACGAAACCCAUUCUUAAUCAUGCAUCCGAAAUGAGCAAUCGACCACCGAAGUCUUUGUGUACGCUGAGUAUGCAUACAGGUCCCGUCUUGACGGUCAGAUGGGCACAUUCUGGGAGGUGGCUUGCAAGUGGGAGUGAUGACGAGAUUGUGAUGAUAUGGGACCUUGAUCCAUCCGGUAGGGGCAAGGUCUUUGGUUCCAAUGAAAUCAAUGUAGAAGGAUGGAAACCAAUGAAGCGACUUCCAGGCCACGAAAGCGACGUUACUGACCUAGCAUGGGCGCCAGGGGAUCGUUACCUUGCCUCAGUUGGCCUUGAUUCUGUCGUUUUAGUUUGGUGUGGAUACACUCUGGAACGUCUUAGAAAGCUGGAUCAACAUCAAGGAUUUGUCAAAGGUGUUUGUUGGGAUCCUGUAGGCGAAUUUAUGGCCACUCAGUCCGACGACAAGUCCGUAAAAAUAUGGAGAACGACUGAUUGGCAGCUCGAGGCGGAAAUCAGAAAACCCUUCGAAGACUCUCCUGGUAGCACAUUUUUCCGCCGUCUUAGUUGGUCGCCUGAUGGUGCUCACAUCACUGCUUCGAAUGCAACGAACAAUAAAGGCUUUGUUUUUAUUGCAGCAGUUAUAACUCGUGGGACAUGGACUUCUGAGAUCAGUCUGGUUGGUCACGAGAACACAGUCGAGGUUGCGGCCUACAAUCCCCAUAUCUUUCUGCGAAAUCCCGCAUCGCCUAUAGCUACAUCUAACAUAUGCUCUGUAGUUGCUCUUGGCGCGGACGAUAGAUCCAUAUCCAUCUGGCAGACUAAAUCUGCACGACCUCUCAUCGUCGCGCGUGAAGUUUUUGAACGACAGAUCAUGGAUCUCAGCUGGUCCUGGGAUGGUCUGACACUCUAUGCUGCAUCCUCAGACGGAACGAUAGCCGUUUUCCAUUUUGAGCCCGAAGAAUUGGAGGGCAUUGCUCCUCAUUCUGCUCAAGAGCAAUAUUUACACAAGUUUGGCUUUGUACCGCCACCAACUCCCAAAGGAUUCUCGCACGGCACUUUCAACCACAGUACAAAUGCUGCUUCAGCAUCGAGGAUCACGCCGCCACCCUCCCCAAACCGUGCUCAAUCGCAAUCUGGUUUUGGUACAUCGAAUGGGAUUAAUGGUGCUGAGCACAUUAACAAGCUCGUUGCAAAGAAGAGCAAUAAGAAGAGAGUACAACCUGUGCUUAUGUCGUCUGUGCCUUCUGCGUCGACGUCACGCUCAGCUGUCGUAUCAACUUCAGCGUUACCGCUUUCAGCAAGUGGUCUCGGACCACGUGCAUUCCAAGUGCCAGAGAUCUCCCGAUCACGCCAGGCAUCACACUCUGCAUCACCCGUGCCAAGCCCACGAACUUAUGACGCUGAUAUCGAGAUGGGAGGACCAAUGGAUAUGGAUGUUCCCAUCGAUGCUCUCGAUACGAGUAUGUCAAGUGGAAACAAGGGCAAGCGGAAAGCGUCGGUUUUUGAUACGUCUGAGGACCGGCCAUCUAAGCCCCGUACCCUUGGUGGUGACCGACCAAGGGAAACAGUUGUAGUGCGAGAAAUCACAUCGACGAGUUUAGUCUCGACGCGCCCGCAUCUAUUUGAGGGUGCAAAUCUACUACCUGUCCCCCCACUGUUGACAUUCUUAAGUGCCAAUGUGGAGGGAAGUGACUUUGUUUUCGAGGCCCGAAAUUCAGAAGGAGAUGGGGCCACGGAAGUCACGUUUGCUGAUGGAAAGCAAACACUAUGGCUGGAUUAUUUACCAUCUCCUGCGCUCGCGUUGACUGCAUCUACAACGUUUUGUGCGGCUGCUUCGCAAGACGGUUCUGUCAAUGUGUAUUCACACACAGGUCGCAGAUUAAUGGCGACUCUAAGCUUUGGGUCACCUUGCGCGAUGAUGCACGGCUGCAAGUUGGCAUUAAUGAUACUCACAACUUCUGGUCAGCUAACCUCGAUAAAUGUGAAGAAUGUUGCAUCCUUCUUUCCGCCCACAUCCGUUGCACCCCUCCUCUCUUCUUCGCCAAAUUGCACGAUAUUGUCUGCCACUGUUCGACAUAAUGGGGCACCAAUGAUUCAUUGCUCUUCCGGUAUUGCAUAUACUUACGAUGUUCAACUUUUUUCUUGGACAAAACUAAGUGAGCGCUGGUGGGCAGAGGGCUCGGAUGUAUGGCAAGGCCGUCAACGAGCGAACAAAGACAAAGAUGUUGUAGCUUCCAUUGAGGGUGCAAUCGGCAGCACGAGCAUUCCGGCGCCUCACAAAGAACGUCCCGCAUGGUGGAAUACAGCGCUCACACUCGGUCACCUGGAAAGCAAGUUGCACGCGGCCAAAGCCCUUGAUAGCGGUCUUGAAUAUAAGCAAGCACUUUUGAUUUAUGCAAGGAAACUAGCAGAUGAGGGCUUCAGGGCGAAGGCAGAGGAGCUCAUCAAGGAGCUUUUUGGCCCCAUAUUUUGGCGACCUGGUGGAAGGGACGACUCUUGGACCCCUGUCGUGGCAUGCAUGGCCAAGCGCGAUCUUUUGCGCGAAGUUUUGUCGGUCUUUGUUCGGAGCAAGACCCUUACCAAAUUAGCAUUAGACUGGCAAGAUACUCUCAAAAAGGCAUCGAGCGAUGAUCAGCUAUGA